AGGAGGGUGCGUGGGGAGAGAGCGUUCUGGAAGGGGCACACCCCUGGGCAGGGGAGCAUAAAACCCGCUGCUCCCUGGCCCCAACCCAGCACCGCUACAGCCGCUGCACCGAGCAGAGACACAGCACAGCCGGAGCGUUUGCCGGGAGCAGAGAUGCUUUGCCGCCUGCACUUCAUGCCACCCAUGUCCAGCUCGCUGUUCCCGUGGCUGGGACCCGUCCGCACCCUUUGGCCUCAUCCAGGCACCCUCUUCGCCGAGCUGGAGCGGGAGAUGCGGCUGGAGAUGGAAAGGGCUCGGGAGUUCAUGAGCAGCGUCGAGCAGUACCUGAGCACUGGGAGCAGCCCCGGGCGGGUCAGCAUCGCCCCGAGCACCAGCGCAGCCCUGACCCAGAGCUCCGGGGACGGCUUCUCCGUCUGCCAGGACGUGAAGGACUUUGCGCCCGAGCAGCUGUCGGUGAAGGUGGUGGGCAGGAAGGUGGUGCUGGUGGGGCAGAAGGAGACGCAGAGCACGGAUGAGAAGGGCUCCUUCUCCUACAAGUACGAGGUGCUGAAGCGGGAGUGGGACGUGCCCGAGGAGGUGGACGCCGAGGCGCUGACCUGCUCCCUGUCGAAGGACGGGCAGCUCCGCAUCGAGGCCCCCAAGCUGGGCUAA